AUGAAAACCUGGCAACAAUUAGAUGAUCAACGUAUUGAUAAUUUAAAUCAAUUGCAAAAUAUAAAAUUAAAAUUAGCAGCCGCUGAAGAUUUAAUGAGAGAAAGUCAAAUGAAAAUUAGCAACGCUGAAGAACAACAACAAACACAAAACUUAUUACUAGAUAAUUUAAAAACAACAUGUCAACAACUAGAAAAUGACUUGACUAUGAAGGGUGAUGAAUGUGAAGAUUUACGUGCAUGUAAAGAGGAAUACACAAGAGAAUUACAAGAAACUGAACGUGCUCAGCAACAGGCCGAACAGUUAUUAACUCAAUUGAAACAGCAAGAACGUGAAUUAACUAAUCAAAAAGCGCAAGCUGAAAGAGAACAACAGGCUGCGUUAACACAAUUGAAUAAUGCUCAAUAUGAAGCGCGAAUCGCUAAAGAACGAGUUGAACAAGCUAAAAAAAAUUUGCAGAAGGCGGAAGAAGAUUUAAAUAAUUGUUUUUCAUUCAAAUUUUUGUUUAUUUCGUUUGGAGAAGAUAAUAAAAGAGAAAAACAAGAUGCUGUUAAUCGAGCACGACAUGAUUUAGAACAGGCAGAACAAAAAUUGGAAACAAAGAAACGAAACUUAUCAGAUCAUGAACAAAAGCAUACAGCAGCCACAAAUAAAACUCUGGAUUUGACUAGCCAAUUGAAGCAAAAAACACAAGAUCGUAUUCAGCAAGAUCAAACAUUGACUUCUAAAAUCAAUAAUGUUGCAAUGUGUAAAAGUAAAGUUGAGAAUAUAACUACGCAAUAUCGAGAUGCAACAUCAGAACGUAGAAAACUGCAAAUUGAAAAGAAAAAUACAGAGAGCAAGAUGGAAGAUGCUCGUACAAAAAUAGUUACUCUAAACAGUGAACUUGAAAAACAUAGACAAGAUUUUACUAAACAUGAAGCACAGAAAAAAGAGUUAUCGAAUGAGACACAAAUGAUAGAUAGAACCAUAACAAAUCAUCAACGAACAAUGACUGAACAUCAAGACUCGAUAACUUCCAAUCAAAGGAAUUUAGUCAAAGCUACAAAUGAUCUGCAACAGAAACAAACAAUCGUUGAACUUUCAAAGCAAAAAGUUCAAUCAUUGAAACAAUCAAUUCGCGAUAAAGAAAAUAAUGAAAAAGCCAAAGUACGAGAAAUAGCCAAUGAAGAAAAUUUACUUGAAGCAAGUAAGAAAAAUGUACAAGAAUUAACAGAAGACAUUGCUGGUAAACGUAAUCUAUUGGAAACAAAUAAACAUCAAUAUGCAACUAAUAGUACUGAAUUGACUCGUAUUGAUAAUAAUAUUAAAGAUUUACAAGAAGAAAAAAAAAAUUAUGAACGAGAUCAGCAAAAUACGAGAGAAGAAUUAGAUAAACAAAAUAUAUUAUAUAAACAAAAACAAGCAGCAAUUCAACAACAAAUAAAUAAAAUUAAAACACUUCAAACAAAAUUAUCUUUAUUAGAAGCACAAGAUAAAAAAUUAAACAAUCAAAUACAAGAUUUACAAGAAAAAUUACGUCGUAAAGAUAAUGAAAUUGAACAAAAAGAAAAUGAAAUUAGAGGUAUUCAAAAUAAAAUUCAAGAUUUACGUAUACAUCAAGAGCAUACACGAAAAACUAUGGCUGAUACACAGAAAAAUAUUGAUAAUGUUAAUACAAAUAUAAAACAAAAUUAUGAUGUUAUGGUGGCAAGUGAAGAAACAUGUAAUAAACUGAAAGAAAAUAUUAAAAAAUCGGUUGAACAUAUGCAAAAUUAUGAAGGCGUACGUAAUGAUACCUUUCGUAAACUUCUACAAUAUGAAGAAACAUUAAGAAAUAUUAAAACAAAUUAUCAUGAUGUUUAUGUCAAAGUUCAACAAAAGACGAAUGCAAUUCUUGAAUAUGAUUUUCAAGCACGUCCUGAUGUAUGGAAUCGAUUACAACAAUCUAAUAUAUCGAAUAUUAGAAAUCCACAGUAUCAAACACAGCAAAAACAACGAUAUGAGUAA